UAAUAAUGGUCCAGGGAUGUACGUUGCACCUUCUGCACCUCCGCCUAUGAAGCUGAAUAGGGCAGCAACGACAAAGUAUUAUGAAUACAAUAAUAAUCAAUUGCCACCGCCACCACCAUCACAACAAUAUAUCAUGGAUAAUAACCCUAAAUAUUGGCAACCUCAAGUUUCAAGAACAUUGGCUAAUGACCCUACAAGAAAAGG